UCCUCUUUCGCUCUCUCCCCCCCCCCCACAUCUCUCUCUAAAACCCUAGGGUUUAGGUCUUUAGCCCAUCGGAUUCCCCCCCACCUCUCCCCCGCUCGAUCGCGAUGGGCCUUGUCGUCAUCGUCCUCGUCGUCCUCCUCGUCGGUUGAGAGGGCGGGGAAAGGGUGGGGGGCCCCGGUAAUGGCGGAGCUCGAGGAAGGGACGGGGGAGAGCUCGUCGCCGCCGAGGGGAUUCCGCGGCGGCGUGCACGUGUUGUGCGACAUCAGGAACCAGAUCUACGCUCGGCUCGUCGAGAGCGGAUGCGAGGAGGCCGUCGCCGAUCCCGAUCGCUUCCGCAAGCAGCUCGAAGCCCACUUCGAUCGGUUCCCUGAGAGUUAUUCUCUGGACGUACAUGCUGCUAGAGCGGAGGAUGUUCUGUUGCAUCAGAAGAUUCUUGCUGAAUCUGAGGACCCAAAGAAUCGCCCGGUCUUCCAUGUCCGGUUUCUAAAGAAUGAUGAUAUGCAACCAUCCCCAUAUAUUGGUUCGUCUUCAGAAGGAUGCCAUAGUAACGGUAAUAAAGGUGAUCUCCCACCAAAUAGAAGGAUUGAGUUUGAACCUUGCUCAAGGCUUGAAGACCUGAAUUUGAACAUGAGAAAAAUUUCCAAGGACAUUGAGGAUAGAAGUGAUCCAUCGGAAGCUCUUUCUACAAGGAAUGACAUCAGGCAUGUCCCUAUCCACGAAAUAACUUUCUCCUCCAUUGACAAGCCCAAGGUGCUUUGUCAGUUGUCUGCCGUGCUCUCUGAUGUUGGCUUAAACAUUCGUGAAGCUCAUGUAUUUUCAACAUUGGAUGGCUAUUGCUUAGAUGUGUUUGUUGUUGAUGGAUGGUUUACAGAGGGGACAGAUGAUCUGCUCAAGGAGCUCAGGGAGGCGGCAACAAGAAAUAAUGUAUGUUACUUUCUUCAUCUGAAUUCUGUUCUGUUGUCUGGCUCGCUGCAUUCUUCAGCCUCAGGCAGAAUACUUGAACUGCACCAAAGAGUUGCUGACACGGAUAUUGACACAAAGUUCUUGAAAAUGGGAGAGAAGAUUGCAGUUGGUUCUUGUGGAGACUUAUUUCGUGGAACUUAUCUCGGUCUGGAUGUUGCAAUAAAAGUUCUUAGAUCUGAGCGUCUAAGUGAAGCUUUACAAGUCGAGUUCGAUCAAGAAGUGAUGAUUUUAAGGAAAGUAGAUCAUAUUAAUGUCGUUCGUUUCUAUGGGGCAUGUACAAAACCUCCAGAUCUUUGCAUCAUAACAGCUAUUCUAGUGAACAAAGUAUCAUUCAGUUUGACGGGCUGUCCCAUUUCACUGAUACAGAGUACAGACUCGGAAUACAUGCAUGGGGGAAAUCUCUAUGACUAUCUGCAUAAGCAAGAACGUGUUUUGGAGCUCUCCGUAUUGCUAAAGAUUGCUAUAGAUGUCUGCAAAGGAAUGGACUAUUUGCACAAGAAUAACAUUAUACAUAGAGAUUUGAAGACUGCCAACCUGCUCAUUGACCGAAACCAAGUUGUGAAGGUUGCGGACUUUGGUGUAGCUCGGUUUCAAAGUCAGAAAGGAAUAAUGACUGCAGAAACUGGAACUUACCGAUGGAUGGCACCUGAGGUUAUCAACCAUAAGCAUUAUGAUUUCAAGGCGGAUGUGUUCAGUUUUGCUAUUGUGCUUUGGGAGCUUGCAACAUCAAAGGUUCCAUAUGAGAAUCUAACACCCUUGCAAGCUGCAUUAGGAGUAAGACUGGGAAUGCGUCCAGAGCUUCCAAAUGAUAGACAUCCCAGGUUAUUAGAUUUAAUGCAAAGGUGCUGGCAAGAAAAUCCUGAUAUACGAUCCUCUUUUCCCGAAAUACUCAUUGAACUUGAAGAACUGUUGCAACAGGUUCAGGCUAACGGUGAAGCUAAUCAACAAAGUAAAACGAAGAUACAAAAGAAAUCACAGAACAAGUAGGUAAUAUUUUUCAUUUUUAACAUUUUUGUUUUGGUCCUCGUGAAAUGAGUGAGAGAGAGUUUGACAAGCUUCGGUGUUUCUCCCGUACUUGGCUGCGUUCUACUUGUGUAAAGAUGUUUUGAUGUGCCAUGUAAAUUCCUUUCCUUUUGAGUUCUUCAUCUUCAUGAAUACCUAUGUUGUAAAAGAAUGGAUCACUAAAAUUAUCUUCUGAUGAUAAUCAACCCAUCCUUUUUAGAA